CCCCACCACCCGCCGCCAGCACAGCAGCAUCCGCUGGCGCACGGGCUGCUCGCCUCUCACCACGGCGCGCCCGACGAGAACAGCCCCGCCGCGGCGCGCAGAUCACAUCACCAUCAGCAACACCAAAAUCAACAGCAACAACGUGGGAACAUUCCAGGGAUCCCCAAUAAUGGUGUAGGUGUCUCCUCUGGGGCUGCCAACAAAGCCAAAGCCCGCCAGGGAAAGCUGGUGCGGCUGAACAUCAAUGCACGUGAGCGACGGCGGAUGCAUGAUCUUAAUGAUGCCUUGGAUGAACUUCGUAGUGUCAUCCCCUAUGCACAUUCACCAUCAGUCCGGAAGCUGUCCAAGAUAGCCACUCUACUAUUGGCUAAAAACUAUAUACUAAUGCAGGCAAAUGCCCUUGAUGAGCUUCGACGGCUGGUGGCAUGGCUUCAGGCUCAGGCUGGGAGCCUGUAUGAGCUGCCUCCUGGAUUCCCUACAACACCCACUGACAACAAACUGCAGAGGCAAGCAGCAGCAGCUGCCGCUGCUGCAGCUGCCGUCUCUACCUCAUCAGGCUCACCUGCUCCUAGACCAGCAGUCAGUGGAUAGGACCCAAUAUAAGUGGAUCUGAGUGGACUCAUAGGUGGUGCACAGUACUUUCUUUUUGGAUUCAAGGCUCAUACAAUGGACAAUUUGAAUUUAGUGUAAUGUUGGCAAAUAGCAGUGAUAGCUGUAUGAUGAAGUACCAUCGUAAGUGGCCACAGGAAAUGGUGCUCUCAAUAUAAUUUUUAAAACUGUGGAAAUGGAAUACAUCUAGGAGGCAAUAAAAUAGUGGUAGGUAUAUUUUUAUUAGGAAGUGUUCAGUUGAUACACUCAUAUUUUGCUGAAGCCUACGUGGGACAUCAUUUAAAUCUGAUAACUUUGUAGGAGUGAAGAAUGGGACAGCUAUUUUUGUGUUAUCACUCUGAUGAAUCCACAACUGUGCUCAGAAAAUUCUGAAAGCAGUAUUUUCAAUCUAUAAGCUGGUAGUGUAUUACUAUGAUAAUUUCUAAAAUUACUGUCAGGGCACUGGCUGUGACUUUGUCGCACAUGUUUUAGAUAAGAUGUAAAUAUUUAGUACCUACUCAAUUGCAGUAUUCUAUACAAUGUAAUGCUCUGCUUAAGUCUUUGUAACUGCCUGGCACUGUCAUGAAUGUACCUGGUACAGUAAAUAUUGCAAAAA